AUGACUAGCAGGCGAUCCCCUCCUGAGGAUUUCUCUCGCGACCCCAAGCGGCAAAGGACAUUCCAUUAUGCCCCCGGCACCAGUCACGAACUGCCAUGCAAUGCGUCACCCAAACCCCACGAGAAGUACACGGUCGCCUGGAUCUGUGCGCUUCACAUCGAGAUGACAGCUGCUGAGGCCAUGCUUGAUGAGCUCCACGAUACCCUCCCCACACACGUUGACGACAAUAAUACAUACACCCUCGGACGCAUCCACAAGCACAAUGUGGUCAUUUCAUGUCUUCCAACGGGUUAUUAUGGAACAAUAAAUGCCGCAACCGUAAUAUCGAACCUCAAGCGGUCCUUUCCAUCAAUUCGGGCUGGCUUGAUGGUUGGUAUUGGCGGCGGAGUGCCCAGCAAGGCGGAUUUGCGCCUCGGUGAUGUUGUUGUCGGAACCAGGGUGAUGCAAUGCGACAUGGGGAAGAUAGUCGAGAACGGACAACUUCAGCGCACGGCAAUUGCCAGGAUUCCACAUCAGCUCCUUUGUACCGCCGUUUCCGCAUUACGCGCAAAACAGGAGCGUGAUGGUACCUCCAUCACGUCGAUUGUAGCGCAGAAAUUUGUUGGACACUCUGGGUAUCAUCGCCCCGAUUUGUCAGAUGAUCUGUUUCCUCCAACGUACGAUCAUGAGUCUUCGAACAUAUUCUGCAAUCAAUGCGAUCACACAAAGCUGGUGCCGCGAAGACAAAGAAGCGAUCCAAACAUCCACUAUGGCGCUAUUGCUUCCGGGAAUCAAGUUAUGAGGAGCGCUUUUCAACGCGAUAUCAUCGGCCAAGAACUUGAUGUUAUCUGUUUCGAAAUGGAGGCUGCUGGCUUGAUGGAUAUUCUUCCCUGCUUGCCAAUUCGGGGAAUCUGCGAUUACUCUGACUCACACAAGAACAAGUCGUGGCAGAGGUAUGCCGCUGCUACAGCAGCAGCGUUUGCAACCGAACUUCUUGCGGUGCUUCCCUCAAGCGAAGCUCGUGAAAGGUUAGAACUUCCAUCUCGUACUGGACCACCGGACGAUUAUUGCCAACAACUACUCGAGUUACUCAAUUUCGACCAGAAGGACUCUCGCCAGUCUUCCAUCAAAACUGCCCACGCAAAGACGUGCCGAUGGCUUUUGACACACGCCGACUAUGAAGCUUGGUUAGAUCCCAAGAGGCUUAUACAGCAUCAUGGUUUUCUCUGGAUUCGCGGCAAGCCCGGCGCCGGCAAGUCGACACUUAUGAAGUUUGCGUACGGAAACAUGCGCAAAGCCCGUCGUAGGCAUGGAACGACUGCAGCCUUCUUCUUCAACGCUAGAGGAGACUAUAUGGAAAGAUCUGUUCCAGGAAUGUACCGCUCAUUACUUUUGCAACUACUCCAAGGUGUUCCAGAAGUUCAAUCAGUUGUGGACAAUCCCGAUUUCGAGUACGAGGAUCUGAACGAGUGCCUUCAAUUAGACCACCUCAAGGAACUUUUCUGGAGUGCUGUUUUGGCGCUUGGACAGCAGCAUUCUUUCACCUGUUUCAUUGACGCGCUUGACGAAUGCGACGAACAACAAGUGAUGGACAUGGUUCGAUUCUUUGAAGACCUUGCAAUACAAACAACGGAGAAAAAUGUCAAAUUCAGGAUUUGCUUUUCAAGCAGACACUAUCCGUACAUCUUUGUACCGGAGAGCAUCGAUCUUGUACUCGAACACCAGCCGGGCCAUACGGAAGAUCUGGCCACGUUUGUAGACAGCCGUCUCAGAAUCCGAGACUCUGCCCUCCGUUCGCAGCUACAGCCAGACAUCCUCCAGAAGGCCUCAGGCGUUUUCCUAUGGGUUUCGCUUGUAGUCGACAUUCUCAAUGACCAGUAUGCCCGAGGCGGUAUGGAUUUGAGAAAACGACUUAAAGAGAUACCAGACGAUCUCCAUGCGCUUUUUAAGGACAUGCUGCGCCGCGAUGAACACAACAAAGAAAGCCUUCUCUUGUGUAUUCUGUGGAUACUAUGCGCCAAGAGACCAUUGGAUCCAUCGGAGUUCAGUCACGCACUCUGGUCUGGCCUCCUGAUGAAUGGACAGGCAGACGAAGAGCCUCCGAAUCUGACUAGGGCGGACGGCUCGAGUGCGGCGGAUCGAUUCGUGAUUGGGUCUUCCAAAGGGUUAGCAGAGGUGACCAAGGCCAGACAGCCCAGAGUUCAGUUCAUUCAUGAGUCCGUGCGAGACUUUCUGCUCAAAUCUGGUGGUCUAAGAGAACUAUGGCCUGACCUCGGAUAUGACUGGCAGAUUCAAGCUCAUGAGAGAUUGAAAGAAUGCUGCUCUUACUAUUUGGAAUAUAAUCCGGUGCAGACAUUUAAGCACAACACCCGCCGAUACAGGGCGACCGCCAAUUUUCUCUACAUCCUUGCAGACAAAGGCUUCCCGAACCUCAUUCUGCGAUGGCUGGAAGACAAUCCUCAAACAGACAUAUUUGAUGAGAAGGAAAGGUUCCGAUACCCAUUGUUUGCGGCUUUGGCAAAUGGCAAUAAGUCCUCGGUCGCUGCACUUCUCGGCAUCUCCACAAUAAUACAAGAUGGUGUUGAUAUCACGGCUGGGCUCAGCCAUAUCAAAGAUUUAACGAAUUUUAUCGGACGAACACCUCUCUCUUGGGCUUGCCAAGAGGGGCGGAGGGGUAUUGCCAGUUUUCUUCUUCAGAACGGGGCAUCAGCUUCUGGAAAAGACCCGGAAGGCCGCACAGCUUUAUCAAGAGCCUCGGAGAGUGACCAAGAUGCAGUUAUUGAAAUGUUGAUUGAGUAUGGCGCAGACGUCAACAGUACGGAAAGGGUAGGAGGCCAGUUCUACGUCCCCAUUUUGUUGGCCUCCAAAGAGGCAACGAUCCAGCGGCUUCUAGAGCAAGGCGCAGAUCCCAACACGCGAACCAUGAACUGUAGUACGAUUAUCCAUCACAUGGCUCGCAGGGGAAAUGAUACUGGAAUACGCGCUGUCAUCAGCCAAGUCAAAGGAAUGAUAGACGAUGUCAAUGCCACAAACAACGACGGGAGCACCCCACUGAUUGAGGCCACUACAGGAGGCCAUGAGGCAGUUGCGAAGCUUCUCAUCCAACUUGGCGCAGACGUCAACAUUGGCAGAACCACGGUGGGCCACACCGCUCUGAUUGAAGCGAUUACUUACAAUAACCUGAAACUGGUCGAGCUGUACAUCCGACACGAUGCAGAUCUCAGUGCUCGAUGUCCAGAUGGACAUGCUCCAAUUCUUAGAGCGUUCAUGCUCAAGCGCUGGGAAGUGAUUGAACUUCUUUUUAAUGCAGGUGUGGAUCUUUUGGCUGCAAUUUCAGGUGAUCCAGAAGUAUGGGAAGUUCAUCAGGACGAUAUUCUCAUGUGGGCUUCACAGUUCGGCCACGCGUCGAUCGUAGAGUUUCUCUUUAGGGGAUAUUCUAAAUGCCACAUCAGUUCUGAGACCAAAGAUGCCGCACUCAAGAUAGCCCUUUCCCAAGAUUUUAUAAUUGUAGUCGGUGUUCUGAGAGUGUUUGGCGCUGUCGAGGAUCGCAGCUAG